CUUUAAAUUCUUGUGAGUCAGACACCUUGUCCUCUUCAGACCAAAAGGAUGAUAAAGCGAACGCCCUAGUUCUCUGUGGUAAACGCGAGCACACGCUGCGGUGGGGCGCGCACUCAGUUUCUUACAACACACUUAUCGGUGACGAGGACGAUUCAUGUAAGCCAGAGAAGUUCGAACAUAAAAAAGCAAAAAACAAUCGGGAGUUGUAUCAGCUUUUAGUGUCAUCUGGCUCCGAUUCUGAUGGAAAGGUUUCACCAUCAGCUGAGAUCUGCACCGAUGUUAGAGAUUCAUCGCAGGGUUUUCUCAGAAGAACGCUUGUAAUUCCAAGAAAUGUCAGAAACAGGCUGUCCUUGACCUACCCAGCCGGAAUAGCACAUUUUUACAGAAGUAGUCCCAAAAGUGUUUCAACUGGUGACAAUCAGCACCCACUACUGAGGCCAAGAAAAUGCCAGAGCCAUUCUCUGUUGGCUGAUGUUCGCCUCACGGAAAGAAGAGAGCCUUCAAAUACUUGUUUGUGCCAGCAAACAAGAAAUUAUAAUCUCGUCCGUUCAACAGUCCACAACAGUUUGGCGGGUAAGACAAGAGCAAUGUACAAAUCAACAGAUUUGCUUUGCGAUAACGCCUUGGCGCAUCCAUCUUGUUCGGUACCAAAAGGGCCCGUGUUCGAGCAUUCGCCACUGAAAACGCAAAGAAGGGGCGAACAAUUUAACGCCAACAUCAUUUACGAUUUAUUUCAUCACAAAUCUGACGAUAAUGGCGAUUCGAAAGAGCAUGUUGACAUGUUUUCGACAAAAACUAUCGAACCUUCAAAAGGUAAGGGUGCUUCUUCCCGUGCAGAUAUCACCAGACAAGACUGCCAGUUGCCGCCUUUUGGAUUAUCGAGAUUCCUUGAUUUUGCAUUGGCGUACCUCUGGGUGGGGCCGCUGGUGACCGUCUACUGGUGUAACUCGUGGCACAUCCCAGAAAAUUACCUGCUUCCUGUCGACCUCGUCGUUUCAGGCUGGAUCUCUGGCGCCGUGGGCUACACCUUGUACUUCCUGGCUUCGUUCUUCCAAGAAGGCAUCACCAGAUUCACCGUUGACCGAACGAGGCCCGUGCAGUUCGUCAUUGCGCAGGCGUACAGCUACGUCAUGUGCUGGGCAUGCGUCCAUCAGUGGCGUUGUGUCUGGGUGCUCCUGGACGAGUACACUGGUGUGUCCACGAUGAACGCGGCGGUCACAUACGCCUCUGCCACGACGCUUCUGGUGCUCUUGCGAAGCCACAAAGCGACGGCCGCGGCCCCUACAACUGUACGAAUGGAUGUGCCCGUCGAGAAGCAUUUCUUUAUAGGAAAAUACUUUGAUGCCAAAGUAAGCUAUUUACUGUUUCGUUUGUAAAUUUAAAUUAAACUUUUUAAACAGAUUACAUCAAGGUUCAUUCAAAAACAUUGUACCUUUUAAAACUUCAAAUUUUACUCAUAAUAUGAUGACAAUCCACGCAAACAUAUCCGAUGCCCGUAUUCCCAUUGGUUUAGUACAUCCUUCUUCUUAACGAGACAAGCUCAACAUAUAGGCGUGUUUGGGUACAGCGCAAAACCCUCAAUCCAAGGAUUGAAUCCAAGGAUUGAAUCCAAGGAUUGAAUCCAAGGAUUGAAUCCAAGGAUUGAAUCCAAGAACUACAAUGACACAACUUGUAGCCAACGUUCUUUGAACCCUUUUUUCAAAAUCAGUUGAGAAUGUCAGGGGAAAAAAACUCCGAUGAUUCCCUAACUUUGGACAAAGGGAUUUGGAGCACGGUUGUUUUAAUUUUUUGGCCCAGACCCUUUCCAGCACCGCUCCGAAAAAACAAACUAUCUUUUGCUCUCCAUGCCCCAGCUCAUCUCUGGGGACAGACUUGAUUUGUGUGUGUGUGUGGGGGGGGGGGGGUGGGGGGUGUGGAGGUGGGGUUAUAAAAAAAGGUGGGGUGGCUUUUUUUUUUUUUUUAAAAUUUGAAUGUGGGUUGGGUUGAAGGUGGGAUGGGUUGUAGCUGUAGUAGUUGAGAUAUCAUAAAACGUUGCGUCGCUUUCUUUCUUUUUUUAAAAAUUACAUUGACCUUUGAUCUUAUUUAGUCAGGAACAUGGACAAAGAUAGGGGACUCCUUGUUCAGCGUUGUUGUGAUUGACUCCCUUGGCAUAGCCGUAUGGCGAGGAUUGUGGGAAGUGCUUGAUCUGGAACUGUCGCCUGAUGUCAAAUCUAUGAGCGGCGUGUGGAGUCUCGUCAUCAGUUAUGGGCUAGCAGUUGUACUCUUCGUCACCCAGGUCCUGAUACUUUUUUUUUUAACGAAACGAACUCAUUCGGCUAAAUCUUCCGCUUUACUUAAAGUUCAAUUUUCAAAUUACAAUGGGAAAAAAAAUAAUGUAAAUGUCAGGGUUAAUGUAGAGAUAUAAAAUUGGCAAAAAUAAACAAGCUGUCUUUUGACCGAAUUUUAGAGCUCUAAUUCUAAAUAAGAUAAGAUGAGAGUCUUGUAUUGAUCCAAAUAAAUGGAAAUGUGUUUGAAUUUUAUUGCACAUAUUCAUUUUGAGCAUAUGGACAAAUAUUCUGAUUUUUAAAUGAAAUUGAAAAACUAGAAAAAUCUGAACGUAAGACAUUUAGUGUACGGAUUUUUCUCAAGCGCAAGAUUCAGCCAUCAUAUGCCGUCAAACGUCACUUCCUUAAACGUUAUGACAACACUGACUUUAAGAUGAUACUCUGUUUUUUUUUACUGCUGAGGAAAUACGCUGUUAUUAUACAUUGGUGUACACGUGAAUUUUAAAUCUUUCGGUCAUUAGUUGUAACAUGAAUGAAGAAUAAUUAUUAAAAAAUUUUUUUUUAAAUUUCAGAAUUAGUAAAUGUAGUGAGGUUUUUUUAUAUCGUCUAAGACACUGUAGUGCAGUAUGAAAGGACUCGUGGGGGCUGCUCAACACACCAUAACCUUCUAUGUUUACUGAAAAACAUAAAUUUCCAAAAUUCAAAGAUGGAGAUGCCUUCAAGAAAUCUCUCUCCAUGCUCAUCGCUUACAUCGCCCACAUUCGGAAAAAGUGGGCCGUGGCCGGGGGGGGGAGAAAACAAGACCCGGCUGGUUGAUUAUACAACUGACCACAUACAUUCGUUGACGUUAUUUCUGCAGGUCCCAAUACGACGCACGUCUAUUUACCUGGAGAAUGUCCACUGGUUAGUCCACCUGGCAUUUGAAGAUGUGAUAACAAUUCUAUACACAGUUGUAGCUAUAAACCACUGGAGAGGUAAGCUAUUGAUUACUCCAAAAUUUAACACUGUCAAGUUUUAAUUAAACUAUAUUUUCAAUCUGCUUAUGAUACAUUGACAACUAUUUAGCAAAGCAUUGCAGUGAGUAUGGGAUUAUAAUUUAUUUUAUUUAUUAUUUUUUUUUUUUUGAGAGGUGGGGCUGGUGGGAUUAGCAAGAUGAUAUACACAAAUCUAAUAGUUAAUGUAAAUUAAGAAUUAAAUUACGAACGCCUUAAAAUAAGUGCUAGAUGGAGGUACCAGUAUUUGUAAGAGGUUUUGUGAUUAGAUCAAAGAAUUGUCAGAGAGUGAAAUGAUCUUUCACAUGAAAUGUCCAUUAUUAGCGUUGUCAAUUUUAGCUGAAGGGUUCGUAUCCCUUUAUGUAACAUGAAACCACAUUCUUAGUACCGGCGUGAUGACGAAGAGAUCCCAUUUAGAUAGUUUUCAUGUGUAAAUUAAAGGGUCUCUAUAGCGAAGAUGUCAAAAAUAGAGUUAGAAGUACAGUAGUUUUAUUAAUUCAAUUACCUCAUUGCUUUUUAAACCAAGGUUGGAGAUGUUAAUAACGGCGCCUGCAUUCAGGGCUCUAUUUCAGCAGGAACGCGUGUGCUUACUUUUUCGUUUAACAUCCAUGGCCAUAAUUCCUGAUGAAGCCUAUCACACUGUUUAUAGAGUGACCAAAGCCAGACUUUGUGUAGUUUUUCUGGGUGGAGCCAAGCACACUGUUGAUAGUCUGGCGAUUUCUGAAUGUUGGACUUUAUUUUGAGAAUAGCUUAAAUAUUCUGUUAUGCGUCCGAUGUGUAUCCAGAGCGUCCAGUGCUUAUGCAACUCUGAUUUAAGUGUUAAGUGCAGAAAUUCAAUUUAUCUCAUACGAUGCUCUCUGGGGUGGAGGGGGGGGGGUUGGAGAGUAUGCCCUAUCCACAAAAUUGUUCAUAGCUGACCAUUAGUUUCACUCGCACGUAAGAGGGAUCGUGUUUGAAAAAAAAAAAAAAAAAAAAAAAGAUUCAGAACCAUUUCAAGAGAAGUUUGUUGAGAGGACACCAAGUAACACAGUUGUGCUGUCUAGUUUUACCCGAUUGUGCCAUUCUGGGGGUGUACUGUGUCAACGGAAAAAGGGGGGUUGUAUGGUCGACCAGUAAGUGGUUGGAUAAAUGAGAAUGACCCAAUAUGUGUCCAGCAGGUGUUGAUUCGCCCCGCAAAGUCUGAGACGAACAUCCUUAAAACUGAAAGUCAGCGAUUCGCCCUUUUAUAAUAUUAAAUUUAUAUUUUAAAUAUCAAAUGAUAUGUUUAUGGUGUGGAUGGCCGAGCAGUUUCAUCUGAGUCCAUUCCAAGACUGGAGUUCAGUCACUGGUAAAAAGAGCACAUAAGACACACUGCUGGCCAUCUAAUGCAUCCUUGCCUAUUUCCAAUCGUCUUGACUAAGUCUUGCCAUUGGAUCAGAUCGUCAAAGGACGAGAGAGUGAGGCUGACGAGUUGAGCACCUCCCCAUCACUUUAAAUACAGCUCAAGUCAAGGCUAUUAUUCAAAAUUACUGAGGUCGACGAUUGUCUUGAUCAUCUGCGAAUGCGAAGGACGAACAAUAAAAUAUGUUUUUAAGCACAUGGUGCAUUGUACCGGAUACACGUUUAACAACAUCCAUCCCAUCCUUUUGGCCUGAUUCACCACUUCCUUCCACCCAGACCUAACUAAUGCUUUUCCCUUUCAAAGCUUGGAUUCCCAGCUGCUGUAGGUCUUUUUCCACAUCAUCCAUCCAUCUAAGCCUAGGUCUGCCUUUGAGCCGUUUUUUCUCUGGGGUUUUGGUAAUGUACCCUCUUACUCCUCUGCAAUGCUUGUUUCUCCGACUGGUCUAACAGAUCCCCCCUCCCUCUCCAUUCACUGAGGAACUUUCGAGCACAGCAACAUUUUUUAUCAAAAGUUUGCAUAACCGUAUUACUUGGUUCCUACUUUUUAAAUCGCUCGCGGAAUCGUUCUUCCCACUUUUUAAUAGUCAGUCACCCUUCACGGCCACUUACGUACCGGUUUGAGUGAAAAUAAUGUAACAUGUAAACAAUUGUAUAUCGGUCGAGAGGCCCACCUCCAAAUACAGCUGCCCAACACAUCAUCCUUUUUUACGACUGGGAACACGUAGGAGCUAGAAAUAUGCACUGUUGACAACGCACGUACACGUUGAUGCGGUACUCUCAGUAGUUACUUUUAUCGCAUACUGUAUUUGCGAUAUUAUAUUUUGUUAUUUUUUGUGUGUGUGUUAGCUUACAGCUACAUUUUGAUUAAUAAGAUAACAUGUUUUUUUUUGUGUGAUAUUUAAAUCGUCUCAAACAUUCGCAGGUUACUGGACACUAAUGGACGUUUAUCUCCCUUACAAGCCUGUCAGCCAUUGGUUUUGUCAUGGUGCCAGCUUCAUGUUACUCGCCCUUGGCCUUGCGGCUACUUCUGUACCGGUACGAGAUGAAUUACGGUUAAACUGACGUAAAUCCUUCUAAGCUUGGAGACCUGACAGCCACGAUAGAGACCAGGGUUCUAUUUCGUGUUCAGAGAUUUAAACUAUAGAUUGAGUCUAAAGACACACGAAAAGGCAACCUCACUGUGUGGAGAUGGAUGGAGUGGAUUAGAUACUCCAGAUCUCCAAUGUGGCAGAGGCGUAGCGAGUGGGGGGCAGAUGUCCCCGGGCGCAAGCUAGUUAGCGGCGCCAAAAUGUGCUUUGGUAUUAUUUUAUUGAUUAAAAUAAUGGGUUUGAGAGUUGAAAAAAAGAAAAAGGGGGCGCUUUAAAAUGGAUCUUGUCCCCGGGCGCGAAUCUUGUCCCCGGGCGCCAAACACCCUCGCUACGCCUUUGCAAUGUGGGAAUGUUUGGAGACGGGUGGCUUAGAUACUUCAGGAAUUCAAUGCGAUAUUCUUGAGACCCUCUACUAUAACAAAUUAUUCAUUUAUAUACAGCUACUCUCUCUCUCUCAUUCUCUCUCAUUUUUUAAAGUUAGAUUUGUAUAGGCCGUCAGGAUCUUAAGUUACGACAGUCUAUAAGUGCAAAAUUAAAUUGUGCAGCAUGCCAAACUUUCAAAUAACUAGUAUUUUCUUAGAACUGUGUGACGUCACUCGGGGCAAUCAUUACGAAACAGGGUGUUAUUCUUUUAUAACUUGAAAUUAAAAUGUAAAUUUAAUUUAUUUCCAAUUAGAAACUGUAAAGUAUUAUUCCGAAAUUAAAGGAGAAAAAAACGGAUAGAGAGUCAUAUGCUAAGUUCACGCGAUCAAAUUUACGUAAAAUUUCUUUUUUGAACGCACUCGUAAAAUAAAAUAGUGCGUUCAAAAAGAAAUUUGAUGAAAAUUUGAUCGUAUGAACGGAGCAUUAUUAAAAACAUGCCGAAAUCCUGUCAAUAUGUUGGUUUUCCCCCAUAUGUCAGAUGUUAAAUUGUUUCAAAAAGGAAAAAGUCAACCUACAUAAUCAUGAUCAAUUUUAAUUGUUGAAUUUUAGGUUUUGGGCUGUAUGAGAGACGGACGACUCUCU